CAAUCAAAUUAAUCUGCUUUUGCACUUAUCAUCAUACACAUUUUUUAUUCAUCUCAUCUCUUCGAAACCUUCUGCAAAAUUAUCGCAUAAAAAGAAAAAUACAGUGAGAAUGUGGCGGAAUCACGCUGCCAUGAUUUUGGGAAGAAUUAUCUCCAAUUCUUCAUUCAAUUCAUCCACUCUCCCCAUUGCUUCGUUUCUUGUCAAACCCAGAUUCAAUUUUGAUAAUCUCACCCACCAAAUUAAAUACUUCUCCGCCUAUCCCAGAUUCGAUUUUGGAUCUAUACGUGAGCCCAAUGAUGCCGUCGCUCUAUUUGGGGAGAUGGUGAGGACUCAACCACGCCCAUAUGUUACUGUUUUCAAUAAAUUGUUGAGUGUUGUGGUGAAGAUGAAACAAUACUCUCUUGGCCUUCAUCUGUUCGACGAAAUGCUUAAGAGAAAUGCUCCUGUAAAUCACUACACGUUGAGUAUUGCAAUUGAUGGCUGUUGCCGACUGAAAAGACCUGAUUUUGGGUUUGCCAUCUUAGGCAUUUUUUUCAAGCGUGGGUACGAGCCUGAUGUUGUAACCUUUAACAUUCUCGUGAAAGGCCUUCUGUUGGUUGGAAGGAUUCCAGAGGCAGCGAAAGUGUUGGGGAAGCUGUCGGCCUUCCAUUUAUGUGAGCCCAAUGAAUAUACGUAUAAUACUAUAAUUAAUGGAUUAUGCAAAGCUGGGGAUAUUCUCCAAGCGAUUGAGUUGCUCUGCUUAUUGGAAAAGGGAAAAGGGAGCUGCAAACAACCUGAUGUCUAUGCGUAUAACAUAGUCAUUGAUGCUCUAUGCAAGGAAGGAAAGGUGGACGAAGCUCUCCAACUCUUCUCCACUUUGGGUGAUAAGGGGAUUUCACCCAAUAUUGUGACAUAUAAUUCAAUAGUUGACGGGUUAUGCAAUCAUCGUAGAGAGGAUGAGGCUGAGGACAUUUUUAAGAAGAUGAUUGUCUGCCCAGAUGUGGUGACGUGUAAUAUCUUUGUGGAUGCUUGGUGCAAAGAUGGAAAGGUGGAAGAAGCCGAGCAUAUGUUGGUAUCUAUGAAGGAGAUUGAUGUUCACCCCAACAUUGUCACAUACAAUGCAUUGAUUAAUGGGUAUUGCUUGCAAGGGAAAAUGGAUGAAGCCGGACGCAUUUUCCAACUGGCAGUGAACUCUGGAAUCAAGCCCAAUAUCAUCAGCUACAAUAGAUUGAUGAACGGCUAUUCCAAAAUGGGGCGAGUCGAUGAAGUUUUACGUCUUUUCGCCAUAAUGCCCGCCAAAAGGUUAGAGCGCAAUGUGGUUUCUUAUAACAUAAUGCUGCAUGCCUUAUUUUGUGAAGGCAAGUGUGAAGACGGCUUGAAGCUGUUCAAAGAGAUGGAAGCUCUACAAGUGUCUCCGGAUAUCAAGACUUACAAUAUCUUGUUGGAUGGUUUGUGUGGAGCUCAUCAUAUUGCUGAAGCAUUUUCAAUGUUGCAUACCAUGGAAGAUAAAGGCUUCAUUCCAGACAUAGUAGCAUACAAUGCUCUCAUUGAGGGAUUGUGCAACGACAACAGAGUCGGAGAAGCAAAGGAUUUGUUUGACGAGCUUCCAUCCAAAGGUUUGCAGCCUGAUGUCAUAACAUAUAAUAUUCUCAUUGGUGCACUUUGCAAAGAAGGGCAUAUAGCGGAGGCUAAGGAUAUGUUCCAUGAGCUUCCAUCCAAAGGUUUGCAGCCUGACGUCAGAACGUAUAAUAUUCUCAUUGCUUCACUUUGCAAAGAAGGCCAGAUAGAGGAGUCUAAGGAUCUGUUCCAUGAGCUUCCAUCCAAAGGUUUGCAGCCUGACGUCAUAACGUAUAAUAUUCUCAUUGCUUCACGUUGCAAAGAAGGCCAGAUAGAGGAGGCUAAGGAUCUGUUCCAUGAGCUUCCAUCCAAAGGUUUGUUGCCUAGUGUCAUAACAUAUACAAUCCUUAUCGGUGCACUUUGUGAGGAAGGGCAAAUAGAGGAGGCUAAGGAUUUGAUGACGCAAAUGGUAAACAACGGUUGCUUGCCUAAUAGUGUGACAUACAAUGUUUUCGUUCAAGGUCUUCUCAAAAGGAACAAGAUGCAUGAUGCUAUACAACUGUUGGAAGAGAUGGAUUCAAGGGGAUUCACACUUGACAAAACUGCAUAUUCGAUGUUGAUCGAACCUAUGAAAAGAGAAGGUAGAGAUAGCGUUCUAGUUGAUAAGGUUAAGAAAUUCAUACCAAAGGACUUCUAUUCUAGAAUCCUUGCCGUUAAGGUUUUUCCGAAGCCCUUUAGUUUGUUUUUGCCUUCAACGGGUUUUUCUUUGCACUGCGAAUUCCCCCAAACUCGUUUUUCAGUCUUCUUCUCACAAAACCCUAUCUCUCCAUCUUCAACAGCGACCUUCCCCAAUUCUUCAGCUUCCAACUUCAGCGGUCACAGCUACAAAACUAUCCCAAGAAUGAGGUCGAACUCCGCCGCCAUGUUUCUGGGUAGAAUUUUGUCGAAUUCUUCAUCUAAAUUCUCCACCUUUGCCAUCGCUUCUCGACAUUAUCAAUCAUUUCUUGUACCCAGUUUUAAUUUUGAUAAUGCCAGCUGCCAAAUCAGACAAUUCUCCGCCUAUCCCAGAUUCGAUUUUGGAUCUCUGCGUGAGCCCAACGAUGCCGUCGAUCUAUAUCGGAAUCUGGUAAGCACGGAGCCGCUUCCUUCUGUUAAGCUUUUCAAUAAACUGUUGAGUGUUGUGGUGAAGAUGAAAGAAUACUCUCUUGCCCUUGAUCUGUUCGACAAAUUGCUUAAGAGGGAUAUUCCUAUAAAUCACUACACGUUGAGUAUUGCGAUUGAUGGCUGUUGCCGACUGAAAAGACCUGAUUUUGGGUUUGCGAUCUUAGGCCUUUUUUUCAAGCGUGGGUACGAGCCUGAUGUUGUAACCUUUAACAUUCUCAUCAAGGGCCUUCUGUUGGUUGGAAGGAUUCCAGAGGCAGCUAAAGUGUUGGGGAAGCUGUCGGCUUACCAACUGUGCGAGCCCGAUAAAUAUACGUAUAAUACUAUAAUUAAUGGAUUAUGCAAAGCUGGGGAUAUUCUCCAGGCGAUUGAGUUGCUCUGCUCAUUGGAAAAGGGAAAAGGGAACUGCAAACCCGAUGUCUAUGCAUACAACAUAGUCAUUGAUGGUCUAUGCAAGGAAGGAAAGGUGGACGAAGCUCUCCAACUCUUCUCCAGUUUGGGUGAUAAGGGGAUUUCACCCGAUAUUGUGACAUAUAAUUCAAUAAUCGAGGGGUUGUGCAAUCAUCGUAGAGAGGAUGAGGCUGAAGACAUUUUCAAGAAGAUGAUUGUCUGCCCAGAUGUGGUGACGUGUAAUAUCUUUGUGGAUGCUUGGUGCAGAGAUGGAAAUGUGGAAGAGGCCGAGCAUUUGUUGGUAUCCAUGAAGGUGAUUGAUGUUCACCCCAACAUUGUCACAUACAAUGCAUUGAUUAAUGGGUAUUGCUUGCAAGGGAAUAUGGAUGAAGCCGGACGCAUUUUCCAAUUGGCAGUGAACUCUGGAAUCAAGCCCGAUAUCAUCAGCUACAAUAGCUUGAUGAACGGCUAUUCCAAAAUAGGGCGAGUCGAUGAAGUUUCACGUCUUUUCGCCAUAAUGCCCGCCAAAAGGUUAGAGCGCAAUGUGGUUUCUUAUAACAUAAUGCUGCAUGUCUUAUUUUGUGAAGGCAAGUGUGAAGACGGCUUGAAGCUGUUCAAAGAGAUGGAAGCUCUACAGGUGUCUCCGGAUAUCAAGACUUACAAUAUCUUGUUGGAUGGUUUGUGUGGAGCUCAUCAUAUUGCUGAAGCAUUUUCAAUGUUGCAUACCAUGGAAGAUAAAGGCUUCAUUCCAGACAUAGUAGCAUACAAUGCUCUCAUUGAGGGAUUGUGCAACGACAACAGAGUCGGAGAAGCAAAGGAUUUGUUUGACGAGCUUCCAUCCAAAGGUUUGCAGCCUGACAUCAUAACAUAUAAUAUUCUCAUUGAGGGAUUAUGCAACGACAACAAAAUCGGAGAUGCAAAGGAUUUGUUUGACGAGCUUCCGUAUAAAGAUUUGCAGCCUGGCGUCAUAACAUAUAACAUUCUCAUUGGUGCACAUUGCAAAGAAGGGCAGAUAGAGGAGGCUAAGGAUCUGUUCCACGAGCUUCCAUCCAAAGGUUUGCAGCCUGACGUCAUAACGUAUAAUAUUCUCAUUGCUUCACGUUGCAAAGAAGGCCAGAUAGAGGAGGCUAAGAAUCUGUUCCAUGAGCUUCCAUCCAAAGGUUUGCAGGCUGAUGUCAUAACGUAUAAUAUUCUCAUUGGUGCACUUUGCAAAGAAGGGCAUAUAGCGGAGGCUAAGGAUAUGUUCCAUGAGCUUCCAUCCAAAGGUUUGCAGGCUGACGUCAUAACGUAUAAUAUUCUCAUUGCUGCACUUUUCAAAGAAGGCCAGAUAGAGGAGGCUAAGGAUCUGUUCCAUGAGCUUCCAUCCAAAGGUUUGUUGCCUAGUGUCAUAACAUAUACAAUCCUUAUCGGUGCACUUUGUGAGGAAGGGCAAAUGGAGGUGGCUAAGGAUUUGAUGACGCAAAUGGUAAACAACGGUUGCUUGCCUAAUAGUGUGACAUACAAUGUUUUCGUUCAAGGUCUUCUCAAAAGGAACAAGAUGCAUGAUGCUAUACAACUGUUGGAAGAGAUGGAUUCAAGGGGAUUCACACUUGACAAAACUGUAUAUUCGAUGUUGAUCGAACCUAUGAAAAGAGAAGGUAGAGAUAGCGUUCUAGUUGAUAAGGUUAAGAAACUCGUACCAAAGGACUUCUAUUCUAGUUAGGUGUUAUGUUGUGUUUGAAGGUCAAGAAUUAUUUCAAUAGAAAUUAAGGGGAAACUACAAUUGCUUAUUUGUUUAUUUAA